AUGUCGCGGAGGAAACAACCCAAACCCCAGCACAUCCAUUCUGGUCCUUUACCUCUUACUGAACACACAGAUGCCUCUCUCAGUCCAGACUCUCCUCCUGCGGUGGAUCUCUGUGUUUGUGUCUGCAGCCGAUGCUGUGCUGAGUUUAGAGCUCUAUCAGACCUGGAACAACAUCAAACAGACUGCACUCCAAAUCCUCCAGUGCUGAUUGUGAAUGAGGACGAGGAUCUGCUGUCCUGCUGCAAAACUCCCCCCGCAGCCUCAUCACCAACCGGCCCAGCCGGGGGGCCGGGUCAAACGCUUAAUGACUCUGAGAACUGCAGCACGCCUUCACAGGACGGAUCCAAAGAAAGUGCAGGAUUCAUGGAUUGGUUUAGCAGCAGGAGAAGCCAGGGCAGUGCUGAAAGCUCAGGAAGCACCAGCAGUAACCGGAGCAGCAGUGGCGCUGAAUCUAACACUGACACCGUCUUCUGCACCUCAGCAUCUGUACCUCAACAUGGCUGCUCAGCGGACCAAAGAGGAUUCUCGUGGAUGAAAAGCAACGUCAUUAUUGAAAACCUCGAGAGCACUAAAGUGGCUGUGGCUCAGUUUUCACAGCAGACUCACUCAGAGAGACACCACAGUACGACUGCCAUCUCCUCUCUACUGCAGCAGCUCCUCACCCUGCAAAUACAACAACUCCACCAGCUGCAGCUGAUCGAUCAGAUCCGUCACCAGGUUCUGCUGUGUGCCUCCCACAGGGCCGAGAUACCGGAGACGCUAGCGAUUUGCACCGAAGGCCUGCCAUCCUCAAAAUCCACCAAUCGGCUCACAGCUCUCAGCGCCCAUCUAUCUCAACAACUAGCUGCAGCUGCUGGGAUGGCCAAAUGCUUAUCAGCUCAGUCUGCUAACAUGGUUGACUUCAAGCAGCUCACGGCCAUGGAGCACUUACAUCAAAGUCCACCUGACAGCAGAGAUGCGCUGUCAAGUUCUGAGUCCUCACAAACUAUCAGUGAGCUCAUGACGUCAGCUGUCCACAAGCACCUUUCCAAAAAAACACACAAGGGCUGUGGUUCACCUGACUCCCAACUGGGGUUCUUGUCCCAAACCAAGAUGUCCUCUUUGAUGUUGAGCAAUAGUCGCUUCGUCAGCGAGACUUCUGAGAGCUCUCACUCACCUCAAGCCUCGGGCUCUGAGCACACAACUUCAAACUCUGUACCAAACAUCUGUGCAAUUGUGGAGGAUCUGGAGGCCCUGGCAGCCUUGGCCCAACAGAGGCAAUGUAAGAAUCUGACCCUUUCUGAGCCCCGACUGUCUUCAAAAGAGUCUUUUUUCAAACGCAAGUGCAGAUAUUGCGCGAAAGUCUUCGGGAGCGACAGUGCCUUGCAAAUCCAUCUGCGAUCACACACGGGAGAACGGCCGUACAAAUGCAACGUCUGUGGAAACAGGUUCUCCACCCGGGGGAACUUAAAGGUUCAUUUUCAGAGGCACAAAGAGAAGUACCCACAUAUUCAAAUGAACCCUAAUCCUGUUCCAGAGCACCUGGACAACACCCAGACCAAUGGUGGGAUUCCUCAAAGUGUGUCCUUCUUACCACAGAAAGCAGUUACAAGAUGGCUUGAUGGGCCACCAUCCUCAAUUACAAUUACCUCUGGUGUAGACAAGUCAGACCCAACCAACCUGUCCCCUCUCAUCACAAAAGAGGAGCAGCCAAUCUCAGUGCCCAUUCCCCUUUCUCAAGAUGAUCUUCACUUUGAUUUGACUUCUGACUCAGUUGCGACAGGGCAACAAAGAACCACCAAUCUUAAGAGUGAAGACGUAAAACCAUCGUUUAACUUUGUCUCUAAAAUCGCGACCACAAAGUCAGAGGAAUCGGUCGAUGUCAUACCCAAUCCAUUCACCAAUCCAACUUCUACCUCAUUUUCAGGGUUCCUUUCAUUAAAAUGCUCUGAAAACCCCAAACUCCAGCUGCUUCCAGGAACUCCUGACAAAACAGUGUCAGACCAAAACGAGUGUCUCGUCUGCCACCGAAUACUCAGUUGUCAGAGUGCCCUUAGGAUGCAUUAUCGGACUCAUACAGGGGAGCGUCCCUACCAGUGUAAGCUGUGCAGUCGAGCUUUCACCACCAAAGGAAACCUGAAGACACAUCAAGCCGUUCAUCGUGCAGCGAUACCACUUAGGGUCCAGCACUCGUGCCCCAUCUGCCAAAGGAAGUUUACAAAUGCUGUGGUCUUGCAGCAACACGUACACAUGCACAUGGAAGGUCACGAACCCAAUGUAAAUCAGAAAUACGCCCAGGAUUCUGAUGAGGAAUUCAAGGACAUAGCAAAAGUGAGUCACGUGCAGAAGUUUUUGGAUGACAGGGAUGAGGGCUUUUGUGAGAACAGAUUGUCUAAAUUCAAAUCCUUGUCCAUCCAUUUGUCCCCAUCAUCAUUUGGUAAAAAUCUACUUGAAGCUAAGAAGAAGACCAGUUACCACGGGACACAUGGGGAGCUGCAGCUCAAAUGGAUUAAGACGGAAAGGUCAGACAAACCUAAUGAGGAAUGUAGUCAAACAAACAACCAACAGGCUGCUGAUAGUGAUCAGUUGACCGGCACAUUACCCAUAUCUGACAGUUUAGCUUCCAAGCAGUCUCUGUCGCCAAAUAACCAAGCUUCACUCUAUUUUAAAACUACAAACCUUCAUGAACCUUUCCAGACGUGGCCCAACUCAACCCCUUUAACGCUCCAUGCAUCUGCUACAGCCCCCACUGACCUAACAUUAUUUAACCACACUGAGGAUCCUCCGAGCUUGAUUCACAAUCUCAGAGAAAAGGGGACGUUUAAGAACACUUUUUGCGAUAUAUGUGGGAAGAACUUUGCUUGUCAAAGUGCCUUGGAUAUCCACUACAGAAGCCAUACCAAGGAGAGACCAUUUAUCUGCACAACAUGCAACAGGGGCUUUUCCACAAAGGGGAAUCUCAAGCAACACAUGCUCACGCAUCAAAUGAAGGACCUUCCACCACGUCUCUUUGAACCCUCAAAUCCCAACCAAGCGUCCAACCAUAACAGCCUCGCACUAUCCCCUGGAACACAAGCUGUGAGGACAGAGAUGACUACUUUCCUGAACUCUUCUGUUGGGAACAGCUGGGAUCAUUCUGGCCAUUCACUGAGCUCCUCUGUAUGUGCUGUUACACCACCUCGUCGGACACCCAGACAGCACCACUGCAAGACCUGUGGGAAAAGCUUCUCCUCCUCCAGUGCUCUGCAGAUCCAUGAGAGGACUCACACAGGGGAAAGGCCAUUUGCCUGCACUGUCUGUGGACGAGCUUUUACUACCAAAGGAAAUCUGAAGGUUCAUAUGGGAACUCACAUGUGGAACAGCGCCCCCAGUAGGAGAGGCCGCAGACUGUCUGUGGACAGAUCAUCGGCGGGGUUCAGGACUCAUCCUGUGAAACUUCCUGAGCCGCCACAGAAGAAUCCAGCUUUGGUUUCCAGCAGCAGAGAGUCCGUUUGCCACUGGCACCAAAGUCCAGAGCUUUUCUCCGCAGGUUUGAAGCUGAAUGAUGUUUGUGUGAUUCAGAGUGAAGGCUUGUCCUUCCUCUCAGGACAUGUAGGACUGAAGGACAAGACACCUGCAGACGGCACAGGUGUCUGUCUCAGUAAAGUGCACCGCACCGACCUGAGCGACCCUCCCGUUGUGUACGGGGGGAAUAAUAAUUAGAAAGACACAACAGGUGCACUGACUUGAUAGACAUUAGGGACAGAAGGAUGGCUAAAGUGUUUAGAGACCUAAAUACUGUGCAGCUUUGUACACUACAUUCCUGGACAGUUCAAAAUACGUGUAAAUAUUAAUAUAUUGAAUGCAAAGUGCGCAUCGUUGUAACUUUAUGCCGUUUUGCUGUGUGAAUUUACAGCUGACAUAAACGUAACUUAUCUCAAAAAAAGUGCAGUGUCAUCACCUGCAAUAAAUGUUUGAACAUGCCGGUGAGAGUGUUCGUCAGUCUCCAGGU